CUGUGCCUGGAGGUGUAGGAGAAGAUGGUCAGUAGGGCAGAGGGUAACAUCGAUGACUUGCUCACUGGUGGAAAUGCCUCCACUGAAGACCCCCAGGGUGAAGGUACCCAAAGCACAGAAAUCACUGGAAUUGAUACUGUCUUGAACAAUCAUGUGCAGGAAAGCAUGUUCACAAAAGAAGCCUACAAGAAGUACAUCAAAGAGUAUAUGAAAUCAAAGGCAAACUUGAGGAAGAGACCAGGAAGAGUAAGACCUUUUAUGACAGGGACUGCAGAACAAAUCAAGCACAUCCUUGCUAAUUUCAAAAAACUACCAGUUCUUAUUGGAGAAAACAUGAAUCCAGAUGGCAUGGGUGCUCUGCUGAACUACCGUGAGGAUGGUUCUUUAAGGAUGAUUUUCUUUAAGGAUGGUUCUUUGAUGGAAAAAUGUUUACAAAUUUAA